CAAUCAGGUAUCGAACUUAAAUACGUAUCAAGUUCGAUUUUCCUUUUCUUUUCUUUUUUUUGGUGAAGAAACGGGGCUAAUGCCCAACAAAGAAAUUAAACAAUGACUCGAUGCCUACAAACUCUAAGUAAAUCUUCACUAAGAAAGAACUUAAUAUUAUCAGGAGGGUCCUGGAAAGUUGACAGACCCAACUCAAGACAUGAACCCAAUUCAGCUAGUUUAUCCGCUACCAUGUUGCACUCACGAUGUACAUGAUGAAUAGAACAAACCUAGUUUUUGUUUAUAUAAUCCUGGCAUCCCCACAACAUAGUAGUAAGAGGAUGAAAGUCUUCCACAUUUUUGUUAAGCAGGUGUACCGCGAUCGCUGAGUCAGACUCAAGCACAACUGCACUGCAACCUAUAUUCCAAGCAAUUUUCAGUCCAAGAUAGAUGCCCCAUAACUCAGCUUCCAAGACUUGUCCUACACCAAGCUUGACAGCAAAGCCUCUCAUCCACUGCCCAGAACUAUCUCUGAGUACACCCCCAGCAGCAAUGUGUCCAUCCUCACCUUUUCUGCACCCAUCGGUAUUGAUUUUAAUCACUCCUUCAUUUGGAUAUUGCCAAGAGAGAGCAGUGAGAGAGCGGGCUAGCUCAGGACCGCAAAAUUUGUGGAAGAUGAAGAUCAAUAUGAGAAUAUAAUCUGAUGUUUAUUUAGUCAAAAGCUUCUAUCCGAGUGAGCCUAUAAAUCAGGAACUUAAAUGCGAAAACAAUGAAAUUAUGCUGCUCCUGAUCGGCCGACGAGAGCCACCCUUUGUGGGAUUUGAAGUUCUUGAAAGAGCCUAUGCAUGGGGUUAGAGUAGAAGAAGGAACAAGUCGAAGCGACCCAAGGUAGGAGAAGAAGGGCAGUCAGUAUCAGUGGACUCACUUCACCGCCCUCGUGUUUUUCUGGGUGGCUCAGAGUUGCUUAUAUCUGAUAUCUCAGUAUCAAGGGAAGUAGGCAUGCCAGACCUUUCACAGGAUAUCAUUGUAGACAUACUCUCUCGACUUCGUCUGAAGUCUGUGUGUCGAUUCAGGUGCGUGUCAAAGUCAUGGUUCAAUCUUACCACCGAACCCCACUUCAUCAACACCCAUCUCAACCGGCACCGGAAGAAGCAGAAAAUCAUUCUAAGUUCUAAUAAUUCCCUAUUCUCCUUGGACCCUGAAGCACCUAUAGAUGAUGAUAUGUUACCUUUGGAGAUUGAUUUUCCACUUAAGAACCAUCCCAACACUGAGUGGGUUCACAUGUUUGGUUCCUGUAAUGGUUUGGUCUGCAUCAUGCCUCAGCCAGAAGUCUUCUUUAUAUUCAAUCCUACCACUAGAGAGUCCUUGAGAGUACCAGAUUGCCCCAGGCCAAGUCAUAUUUGUCCUCCAGAACCACAAGAAGUAAUAUUUCAUCAUGCAUAUAGUUUUGGUUAUGCUCCUUCGAUCGAUGAUUACAAAUUUGUCAAGGUUGCUUAUGGAUGCAUGGUACUCAUUUUUUCAUUGAAAAGCAGUUCAUGGAAAAGGGUUCAAGACUUUCCUUACAGACAUUGUUUGGAGAAGUCAGGGACGACUCUCAAUGGAGCUGUCCACUGGUUAUGUAGACGCCUUGAAGUUGGAGGUACCUGUGUGAUUGCUGCUUUUGAUUUAGCACAGGAGAAGUUCUCAGACUUGCCCCCACCUGAAUCUGUCACAGAUUAUAAGAGAUUUACAACUGGUGUUUUGAGAGGGUGUCUUUGUUUACUACACCAGCACGAUAGGCGACACUCAUUUUGGAUUAUGAACAAGUACAGGGUGAAAGAGUCUUGGACUAUGAUUAUGAUAACCGACUCAUAUGCUUCUAUUUCUUUGAAGCCAUUAUGUUACUGGAAGGAUACCAAGAUACUACUGGCAAGGAGUUGGAAACAAUUACUUCUUUGCAAUCCAAAUGAUGGAACUUGCAAAAAUUUCUUGGGAAAUGGCCUUCCGGACAAAUUCUGUGCUGAUGUGUAUGUGGAAUGCCUUGUCUCUCCGAACUUAUGGUUCCGAAGGAACUCGCGGUUGCGUUUAGCCCGGAUUACAGUACUCUGCACAUUUCUACUUCUAGUGCACAUGAACUACUUGCUUCUUGUAACUGAGUUGAGCAAGUUUCUGACCAAAAAAAGCAACUGAGCUAGUGUAGGUCUUGUGGUUUAUGAAGUUGUUCCUUGACAUCCUUGUGUCUCUGACUUUCACUUAGUUUGAAUUAAUUUGUAGUUGUUGAGGUUCAAGAAUGACAGUGACUAUUAAGCAUAAUUCAGUAAGGAUUUUAUUUCAUUUGCUUUGGUUGCCAGGAAAUAGAAAAAGAGGCGCACACAAUUACUUUUGCUUCUCCAAAUUGCACUACGUUCUCUCCUCGACAUUUUUGCUCCUCAUGCACUGUAAUAAUGCAAGCAAAGUUCAAUUUCCUGGUGUAAGUAAACGAGCUAUGCAUUACUGAAAUGGAUCUUCUGCUUGCAAACGGCAACAUCAAGCUUUAUGAAUUGGACUUGUCUUCUUCAAAUGCAUGUGUGCAUUUCUGAAGUGGAUUUUAUAACUCGCUUGAGCUCCUAUUCUGCUGCGCAAAACUACUGCAAUUCUUGCUUUCAGGAUUUUGCAACGGAUGAAGCACUCAUGUGCCUGAGACGAAACCCCACGUCGCCAAAUUUGUUGAUUAAACUUGUUUACGUUACCUAAUAAUAUGUUGGUAUACAUGCUAAUGGGUUCAUCUGGGGUACAGAUUCGUGAGUAUUUGCAUAUGAUUAGACAUGUGAACUUGAUUAUCUAACUGCUACAAUAGAAUUUUAUGUUCUUAUUGUUGAGAAUUAUAUUUAUGUAAAACAUGGAGUUGUAUUCCAUAUAGAAUAAGGACUCUCGUGAGUCAUCUGUCAACAAUCUCUAUUCUCUUA